AUGGCAGUGUUUUUAAAAUUAAGUUUUAACAACGUUUUAUAUAUUAUUUUAAUUAAUUCAAUUAACGUUGCAUAUUCAACAAAAUGUCCUUAUUGCGAUAAAACAUUCGCCAACGUUAAGAAACACACCUGGAGGUGUACAAGUAACACUGCAAGCUUAAACAAUAACGCUGCACGCUCAAAUGCAAAAUCUAAUGUAAGUAUUUCUCCAAGCAUCUACAGAAAAAAUUCAGUGGACACCGCUUCAAUAAACUUAGAGAACAAUUUAAUAUUUUGUUGCUGUGGAAAGGGCUGCAAAUGCCGUACGGAUUUAAUUAUGCAUCAACGCUCAUGCAAAAUGCAUAAAACAAUUCAACUUUCAGACAACCCAACAGACAACGUCAAUAGCACAACACCAGCUCCAGAUCAACAAACAUUCCUCUCUGAAAGCCGUGAAGUACCAACAUCUCCAGCGUCGCCAACGCCAGAUAAAAUAGAAUCAACUCUUCCAGGCAUCAAAUUAUCCAAUCUCAACAACUCUCACUCCAACAGUUCAAUAAAACAACUGAAAAAAAGAACUGAAAAACAAUUUAAGCUAUUGGGUCAAAACAACCAGCGCUUUGACAAUAUAAUUAGCAAAGCAAGUAAAGCGAUAAGAUCAAGAAUAGCAUCAAAAAAACAUCAAAAGAUGCACUCCAAACGAAUGACAUCAAAACUCAGCUCAAAAAACGAUUUUGGCCUACAUCCACCCAACUGGGUUCCAAAAUUACAACAACCUUCAUCACCCUGCAACACCAGCCCUCCUUCUUAUCACGAAAUCUCGACAAUAAUUCGCAAAUACAAGUCAAAAUCUUCUCUAUGUCCGUUUGACCAAAUUUCUCUAAUCUCAUUCAAGAAAUGCUCAAUACACAAUCUUCCACAAACCGCUGGCUUUUUUAAAUAUUUCAAUUUGACAUUAAUCGACUUAACUUGGUCUGACCAAUUUAACAAUAGUCUCAUGUACUCUGCAAUAUCGUCAUCCCUCAUCAACAAUUUCAACAGCAGUGAUUCCAACAAUAACAUCAGUGUCAAAUGCGGCAACAACAACAUCUUCACCGGCAUCGACAACAACAAUAUUAAAAACAACAAUCAUAUCUACUAUAGCAUCGACAGUAGUAACAGUGACAAGAAAAAAUCCAACAAAAGCGUCGAAAACAACAACGUCAACUACAAUUCCAUCAAUAACAUCAACGUCAAUUACAACAUCUGCAACAACAUCAACGUCACACAGCUUCUUAAACUCAAUAAUCAAAUCGCUUGCUACUGCGGUAAAUUUUGCAAAGGCUGGAAAAGCCUCAAAAUGCAUCCUCGAUCAUGCAAGGUCCACAAAACUUUACAAUUAUCGAAUGUUACGAACGCAAGAGCAACAACCAAUGUCGGCAUCUCUAAUAAAUAUCGAACUAAUCGAGAAGCCUCUCCCAGGAGUCAAAUUUUCAAGAAGCCCUGCGCAGUGGCCAAUGCUUACUUUCAACUAAACUGUAAGUCGCUUCCAGCUUACGAAAAUCUCAACAAGUUCAACUUAGCAUUUCAAUUAAUAAUCUACAACUACUUCGCUUCCAACUUUGGUACUGUCAAUUCAAGAACAUGUUCAAACGUCAACAGCAAUAAAGAUAGAAAAUUUGAAAAAGAAAUAAAACAACUUGAAAACUCUAGAUCACAACAAUCAUCAAUUUGUUGUUCAAAUUAG